AUGAAUGGAGGGCAGGACGAGCAGGCGACUCUGCCUCCGCGACUGUCCUCGCAUCUAUCAAGCUUCUCCGACCGUGUCACGACGAGAGAUGAGCGAGCGACCUUGUUCGGCGGAGCCAGUCAAUCGAGCGCCGGCCUCGUGCUGCUCGAGACGGCAAGAUGUACACGCACGCGGGGAGGCUCGACCUGCGAAUCCUGGGGAAUAGGAAGCUUCCAAGCACGCGAGCAGGGAAGUCAUGCAACGGGGGCGGAGAGCAAUAUCGACAUCAAGCACGAGACUAUGUACGCGAGGGAGCAGAGUGAAUGGAUGGGAGUGCCUAGGGCGCAGGACGCGGACGUACAGGAGCAUAUUGUUGCAACGGAACAGGGGAUCCGAGGAGUUCACGCGGUGACUAUAGAGGAAGCACGACGGUCAGGACGAACACGAUGCACUUUGACAGAGAUUAGACUCACCAGCGAAAUGGGUACGACGAGCGACAUGUCCCCUACGGUGGUCAGUAGCCGGCAGGCGACCCCGUUCGGCGAUGUACUUGCUUCGACUCGAAAAGGUCGAGGAGGAACGGAUGUGCCGCGCGUAGUCGACAAAGCGUGGACCUACGAGGGCUCGAGUAUAAGCGACACCGGACGAGAAAACCACGGGAACACGGAGAUACCUGGACGCGGCACAGACGGGGCGUCGAGCGGACGAGACGAGCCAGGGUCGCAUGCGCAAGGCUUCCGGCGGACAGGACGCGCACAUAAGGAUCUAGUGGCGACGGGUAUUGCGCAAGGCCGGGUUUUCGACGGCGAGCUAGGCCGUGAUGAGAAGAGGAUGGCGGGCGGUGAGGGUUCAAGCGCAGCCAUUAGCGCGUGCAACAGGGAACAGAAGGAGGUCGGAGAGUUCUUGGCCGCGGCAAGACGAGUCUGCAAGUUCGGAGACAACUGGCUACAUCAGCUAGCUGCGCAGGCGCCGCGGGUGUUCAGGCGAGUCGCCACGAUAGUGCUAGAGGAUAGGCGUACCGGGGGACCCCAUACGACAAACCAUUCACUCUCCUUGCAAGCCGAAGGCUUCAUAUCAGCUCCACGAGGUGCACCACGCGGGCAGACGGAGGCGACGCACGCAUCAGACAUUCGGCAAGAUACCCUAAGGCGGCAUGGCGCGACGGCGGAAGGGCUUGAUGCGUGUGAACAGCAGGAGCGACAGGCGGAGGAAGCGCAGGAGUUCAGACAGGUUGUAUCUCGAGCGACAGAUCUGACGACGCUCACCUAUGGGAUUUCCUCCACCGACUACGCGUACCCGGGACGUUCACUUCCCUCGGCGAGAUCUGGCCUGCGUGUGCGGGAGCACGCGAUGAAGGCGUUCGAGCUCGGAGUUGUUGACGACCUGGCGCUUUUGGGCACGCAGCGGAGCGGUGAUGGACGCGACGGCGGCUGGGAGUGUGCUGACCUGGCGAGUGUUCGACAAGGCAUCCUGUUCGCGAUGGAUGAGAGAGAGUGCGACGAGAGCUCGCGCGAGGAUCACAAGCCGUUGCAGGCAGAGUCAGUGGAGAGAAGACUCAGGCGAGAGACGAUCGCUCAAGCGCCCGAACCACGGUCUGCACAGCCUACCGGCGUCUCGCUGGUCGCUCGAGUCGAAGAUUUGGCGCGUGUAUUCUCGCACUCCCCGCAUCUCCUCAAUACUAGCAGUUUGCCCGCGUAUUGUUCUGUUUGGCGAGGCGCAGAAGGAGCGACGGUUGAGGACCACCUCACUGCAAGAUCGGACUCGGAGGGAGCAGCGUGCGAGACACACGAGCCCGCGCGUGCGAAGCGGACGGUGUUACCCUUAGCUGAAACAAACACUCAAGGCACAGACUGGAGGCGUAUGGUUUCCGCGAGGCGUCUCAGCGGCUUGCCUGCAUGUGGCGCCAGCUCGCGAGGUGCGAGACGACUGGCAUCUGGCUACGACAAUCGUCCAGCGAGAACGGACUCGGAAGGAACGACGGGCAAGCCGUACGAGCUCGGGUUUCAAGACCCAUCCGACCUGGCUCGACGCGAAUUAGAAGAGCGAUACCCUGUUGGGCAGAGCGCGAGAACCUUCGCGAGGCGUUGCAUCGAUGAGCCGGGGCGGCUCGAGCUCGAGAGGACGGAGGGACGGGCAAUUCUUAGCACCAGUGAGUUACUGGAGUAUCUGUACAAGCACGAAGAUCCAGCAGGUCCGGAGGACGAUAAGGACACGACCAGAGGCCAGUCGGCGGGCUCGGCGAUGGCGAGCGGAACGCUGCAAGGAAGACUCAGGCGAGCAGAGGCUCGGGCGGAGGGACUGGCGGCGGAGGCAAGCCGGAAUUACGGUCGACAGCACGAGUCCUAUGAGAGCUCGAGUGCAACUGGUACUACGUCAAUAAACCUCUGGGACAGAGUGUUCACGAGAAGCUCGGGCUGCAGUGAGUACGUACGCACGGGGACUCAUCGUGGAGAAGGCACUGUCCGGGCGGUAGAGGUCGGGUCCAUCGAAUUCAACGCUAACUACGACAGGAGAACAAUCGGAACCACUGCGGACGCGCGAGAGUCACGGCAUACCUGUUCUCAAGCCACGGGAAGCGGGCUGAUUGCGUCUGGUCAAACAAGACGCAAGGAUGGACUGGAGAGCACCGAGAGUCCAGCAGUCACGGGGAAGGAGUACCGAGACGCGUCGGGACAAUGGAUCGCAUGUCAGGACGGGCAACAGGAGAUACGAGAGGACUGCGCGGAAGGAACGCGGACGUACAGAUGCAUGUCGAUAAUCAAGGCUGCCUGGCGAUGGGCGAAACAAUCAGCGACUACCAGCGAAACCCACGGCGCAGAGGGAACGGCUGGCGAAACUAGGUACCGAGAGCGUGCGGACACGGAAUGGACGGUUCUGGGUGAACGUGGUAUCCAGCGCGGAGGGAACCGGACGGAGCAGAGCAUAGAGGGCGGGAGAGACGAGACGGAGAGUCGAGUAGUUGCGAGGCCGGCAAGCGGAAGCGUCCUGGGUGCCGUGCACCGGAGGGAACGAAGAGAGGACGAACAGAACCGAGAGGCGUCGGGACAAUGGACUGCAGAUCAGGACGAGCAACAGGAGCUACGGGAGGAGCGGGCGGAGGGAACACGGAUGUUCAGGCGCAUGGCGACGAUAAUCGAGGCCGCCUGGCGAUGGGCAAGACGAUCAGCAGCUAGUGGAGGCCACAGCGCGGAAGGAACGGCCAGCGAACCUCAGUAUCGAGACCGUGCGGGUGCGGAAUGGGCGGAUUCGGGGCUAGAUGAACAGGGUACCCAGCACGGAGGGAACAGAGGACGUUGGGGGACAGAGGACGGAAGCGAGAAGACGGACAGUCGAACCAUGCCGAGCACGAGGCUCGAGGUUGACCCCUGCCGGAGGGAACGAGGCGAGACCGAAGGGUAUGUGGAGUCCAUAAGACAAGGGGCGGGAGAAGUAGAUUGCCAGGAUGUCGAGCGACAGGACGCAGACCAGACGCGCACGCCCAGAUGGUCAACGCGGAUCAGGGACGAGAGCGGACGCGCCAGUAUGACCCGUACGGCGAACGGUUCGAUGUGGGUCGAUGGGCUACAGGACACGAGGUGUAAUACCGUCGAGAGCGAGCAUGCCGAGGUCCGUGACGUGGACGAGGGCCUGUCGGAAGAGGCGGAGCUAGGUCGGAGAAGAUCCAAGGCGACGACCGUCGCAGUGUAUGGACCGGGGCCUGCGCAGUUCACUACCGGGCGACUAGUCUCUCAAGUCGUGGCGGGGGUACGCGCUGGCUCACUUUUCUCGAGGUCAAACGGGAUACCCGGUCUAUCCAGCCUGUUCGCAGGUGGUACUAUCGAGCGACAGGCGCUGCAGGAAGCGACGGGAGGUAGUCGAGCGAUAGGAGGUGGUUGUCACACGCCGCGACCUGUACAGCUCCGAGGCAACGAGGAGAGGAGGGGGACAACGCGGUGGCGAAGCAAGUGGAACGAGGGCUUGAUACUAGAGGACAGGCGAACGAAGGCUGCACGAACCCGGGUCGCGAAGGAGCAGCGGAUUGAUCAAGCAAAGCAGGGGGAUCGCAGGCCGUGUACAGCGGUCGGGGCCUGGGUUGAUGCGGAGGGAAGUGUUCAGUCGCCUUGUAUCAGGCGUGGCGAGCCAGGGCAUUUCAAGACGAGUCAAGGAGACUCCGAGCCGUCUAGCGAGCGCACUGGGUGUAGGACGGCGGCAUACGCCAUGGGACCUCAAGUCCAACCCGAAGCAUCGUUGCGAAGCGAUGAGGCGAGGUCCGCGAGGGAACAGCCAGUCGGAACGCUAGCCAGCGAGAAGGGGAGGAGCAGGUCUCAGAUCAUGACGGACGCGUGCGUCGAGAGCGAGCUGAACGAGCGCCCAAAGGGGGACGCGAUGGCGAGAAACGGUAGUCCAGCGAAUGAGUCCAGUGAGUCUGACAACAAGCGGCUGGGACUGACGGUGCCGGAGGAGGUGGACGGUUGCGGACUGAGCGAACCCGGUCCGCGAGAGGCAUCAGAUGAGGAGCCACCUGAGGCAAAGGGUGGAUGCAAGGAGACACGAGGUCUGGAGCCGAGUGGGGAGCAAGCCAAAUCGAAGCAGGAAGACCACUGGCACGUACUACGGGACGAGGAGCUAGUAGCAAGUCUGGGCCGGGGAAGGGCGAGCACUUCAGUUGGACGAUGCGAUGGCGGCGAGCAGCAUUCACCGAGCGAGAGUACGGCCAGGGGCCGAGUUACCGGGGAUAUGGAAGCGACAGGCAAGGGAAUCUCGCUGCAAAUGCGAGGCGAAGACGGACCGACCGGAGAAGCUGGAACUGACGAACCACUGGGGGCGGAUGGCCACGCGCGGGCGUACUGCGAGACGGACCAGGACGUGAGCCUGCCGCUGAGUAAUGGGGAGUCCGAGCCCGCGGGUGAAGACACCGAACCGAGCGAGAUGCAGGAGACGGCGAGACAACAGGUUCAAGUAAGGACAUCGAUACGCACGGCAGGAAAGAACGGACGUACCGAGUGUAGGAAAGCGGGCGCGCGCGCGAAGGAUAGCGAUGGCGAGGGGCUACCGCAGGAGGACUUGGUCGAGAUCAGCCAGUCAUAUGGGCUGAAAGCGAACCUCGAAGACGUACGUGCACGCGACGAGACGAAACAGGGCGGGAGCUUGGAGCCAAGUAAAGGAAAGCCCGAGCCCGAGAUGCGAGGCCCGGAGCGACCCGAGAGUAAGCAAGAGGACCCCGUGCGUCAGAGAGCAAGAGGUGGACUCGCGCGCUGCGAGACGGAGCAGACCGUGAGCCUGAAGCCGAGUAAGGGGGAGGUGACUGAGGAGAGGAGUGGCGAGAAUGACACGAGGUACACGCUGCGGCUGGAAGGCGAACCGGGAAUGUCUUCGUGCGCACAGACCAAGGAUGGACAGCCCGAGCGAGAGGAAACGGGCGAGUACGCACUGGACGGCGGUCGCGAAGUCGCGAUUUUACAAGUGAACCUGCUCGAGGUCAGCCAGCCAAACGGACUAUCAGCGGACGAUGCGGACGUACCGUGGUGUCGAG